AUGAAGGCGCCGCGGGACGGGGCGUCGGCGCCGAAUUCGCCGGCGGGGCGUGGAACGCCGCGACGAGCGACGGCGAAUAAGGCAACAGAAAGAAUGAAGGAAAUGGCUGUGAAGACGGAGGACAUGGAUGAGGACUACGCGUUCGACGGGGAUGACGAUUACGCCGCGGCGCCGAGCGCGCCGGCGAGCGGGCGCACGACGCCGAAGAAGUACAGAGCGCGCGUCGUGGGAGGAUCAGCACCGCCGACACCGAUGAGCAAGAGGUACGCUAGUAGUGGUUCUUUGAUUUUAUCUCCGUUGCGCGCGUGA